CGUAUAUCUUGGUAUGAAUAUAAUCUUGACUGAUAUCACGGCGUCGAAAUGUGUUGAACAUUUUUAUACUAGACAUUCUUAAAAAACGAAGCCGUCGCAAAGCUUACGAGUUCGUCAGUGGCUUUGGUGUUCUGUAGGAUUGUCUAGACGAAUCGCACCGUCCAGACCUCCAAGAUUGGGGCGAAGCAGAAUAAGUGUCCAAUUAGACACAAUUUUCGUAAUUCGCAACUUCGCACUGAAUCCGGGUCCGAAUGCGAACUAUUACUUAUAUUGGUCGACUUAAGUAAUGAUAAAACAACCUUCAAUCACUCGACUCCAUUUUCUUCUUUUUUUUUCUCUUCUAUAGCUUCCUCCAACUCACCUCUUAACCCACAUAAUCUAAUUUAUAAUUAUCGGCAUCAGAAGCUGCGCGUGUACCUGUAUAACCCCUCGACUAAGCAAUUAUGGAGUCAAAAACGGCGUCCCACUCGGAGGUUAAUCGGGGGAAGCAAUCGAGAAUUUUCCAGGCGAUCUUGACACCAUUUCAUUUCGUGUCAUUCCUCUUGUCGCUUUACCUCAUCGACUGUUAUUACCACGACAAGCGCAUCCAAGAACAUUCUGAGCAAUAUAAUCGUCUGCCUUCUUGGGUCUUGCCUUCAUGGCUAGAACGCAGAUUAUUUAGCCCACAGCCGUACGUAUGGGUUGAUCGGAAGAAACGGGAAACAUCGAGAGCCGGAACGAACCAGACACGCUGGUAUUACCACACAAAGCAGAGGGAGCUUAUGAAGAUGGAAGCGGCAGAUGCCUUCGAGAUCCAGCGUAGUAUCCUAGUUGGGCUGUGUUUUGUGUUGUUACUCUCUUUGUGGCUGCUUUGGCGUCUGAGCGCUAAGUUCUGGGCUUGGACAGGUUGAUUUCUAGGGGUGUAAACGCUAGGAGGGCUUCCAACUUGUUGGACAUUGCGUAUAUGAAGGGCGAUGAAUUAUGAAUUUUGAGAUACCCGGUACAUGGUUUCCUAUAGUCUGCCUAGCAGUUGCCUAGGUAUUAAAACCCAUUCUUUCAUGCUAUUAUCGGAUUUUAAAUCCGGUUACACAAAGUACUAGUGAAAGUACCAUAUAAACCCCCACGUUUGAUAUAGUAGUCGCAUCGUCAGAUCGGGGAGUGUUACAU